CGAGCUCAAAUAGCCUUUGGACACGAGUGCGGGCUCCAAUGGACGCAUUCCUACUCUUGUGUACACGUACUACCGUGUGGUGGAUACACACUGGACGAGUUCAUUUUGACGAGCGAUGCCAGUGUCCUAGCGUGCUGCCAAUGUAUAUUCCGUAGAGGCGUCCGUGUGACGACCCCCUUUUCGGAAUCAAUGCGGCCUGCCUAUUUUCAGCAUGAUGCACCGGAUGGCCGCGCGGUCCAUGGGAAGCCGCGCGAUGCGACGGCCGUGGCUGCUCUGCGCUGACUUUGACGACACCAUCAGCGCCAAGGACACGAUCCAAGACCUCGCGCUUCUGGCAUGCGCGGCGCGCGGCGCAUCUUCGGCGACGUGGUCCCAGCUCUGCCAGCAGUACAUGGAUGAGUACAUGCCUGCGAUGGCCUCGAUCCCGCAUACGUCGCCGCCCGUGGCCUACGAUCCUAUUGGCUUGGCGAACUUCUUGCGAACGUUUAGCGCCGUGGACAAGGCGUCGAUCGACCGCGUGGUGGCGAGCAGCGUCUUGGCCGGUCUCUCGCGAGAUGUGAUUGCCGACGGCGCCACGUCUCUCGUGACGCUCAAGCCCGACGCCGCCUCGGUUCUCUCGCAGCUGUCUAUGCCGCUUGCGCUAAUCUCGAGCAACUGGUCACGCGACUGGCUGGCUGCGUCCAUGCAUGGCAUUGCUGUCGACGCUGUUUACGCCAAUGACUUGGUGUUUGAUGAUGGCGUCUCCACCGGCGACCUCGCUUUGUGCAUGCAGUCGCCGUUUGAGAAGGCGCAAUGCGUGACCAAGUUGCAAGACCACGCGAGCAUUAUCUAUGUUGGCGACGGUGUCAAUGACCUCCUCGCCCUGCUUACAGCCGACGUCGGCAUCGUCUUUGGCAACCCGACGGCAUCGGCGUCCCGCGUCGCGCGGCAUUUUGGCGUGCGCCUCGUCGAUCUCGUGGACGAAAACACAGUGUCUGUCGCAGCGCUGGCUACGCGUGCGGCGACCUCCAAAGUAGAGAACGCGCCGUUGCUCUUCCGCGCACCGUCGUGGCACGUUCUGGGCCCAUUUCUGUGCUAAGACAGUUAGAACAUAGAGGAUCACUUCCAGUAGGUUGGCGUCUGUAGUGCUGAGCAGCUUUCACGUCCCUACUGAUGUCCGUAGUGCGACAGCAAAACCAAAUCCUGGCGAUUGGUGAUAGGUGGUGCUGUAGAAAGGCA